CCACGAUUAGUACAGCACCUGCUGCUUGUUGUGGCCGCGUCUCACAGCACAUGCAAAUAUCACGUGAUCUACAGCUGAAUACUGUGCUUCCAACAAUUUUAUAAAUUCAAAAUUUAAUUAUAAAAAUUAUAAUCUAAAAUUAUAAUAUUUCGAUGUCUCGGAAAUAAAUUGGCGCUUGAUGGAGGGGCAUACACGUGACCGCGAUCAGCUUGGCGUGGCAGUCGCUAUCGAUAAGGGCGCCAAUUUAAUUUUUUGUUUGGUCUCCCGCACAAAGUCAACACAAGCAGGGAAGAACAACGACAAUGCCACCCAAUAUGACAGAGGACGAAAUCGACGAUCUGCUGUACUUUGCGCGCACAGGUGAUAAAGAGGAGUUCGAAUCCCUGAAGAAUGAGCUCUGCAAGAGAGAGAAUGUAUCCGUGAUGAAAUUAUUGCAAACCGCGAAGGAUGAGCACAGCGGAAAUGGAGUCUUGCAUAUGGCUGCAGCUAAUGGACAUAAUGCACUUCUCAGCGAACUCUGCAAAGCAUUAUCCGUCCCCUCACCGCAGAAUCCCACAAUGCUCUCGAUCCUGAACGCACAAAACAAAGCUGGAAACACGGCAUUACAUUGGGCGGCCCUCAAUGGACAUCUAGAAUCUGUCAAGGUGCUUCUAGAACAAGGCUCAGAUCCAACAAUCACAAACCAAAGAGGUCAUGAUGCCGUCUACGAAGCAGAGUUAAAUGACAAGCAAACAGUGGUGGAAUGGGUUCUGAAAGAAGGUGGAGCAGGACUUGAGGAAGGUGUUGCCGGUGACAGUGGUGAGGGAGAAGCUGAAAUGGGUGAAAAAGACGAGGAUAUGGACAACAUGAAUGAGGACGAAGAAUCGAAGAAGGUCACUGAAGGAUUGAGUCAAAUGGAUCUUCAGGAAGGCAAGGGCAAAAGCUGAGCUACUCCUGGAAUAUACGAUGUUUACGAGCCAUGAUACCAAGAACUCAGCAUAUACCCUUUCGAAAGGCAACCUUAGAGGUCCCCUUCAGAACGUUGGCCGCUUUGUCGCUCUCGAAGAAAGACUCAAUUUGAAGGCCUUCAUUCGGUCGAAACGGCUGUGGAAACGCAUUACCCGAGCCGUAGAAUAGUUCUUGCAGUAAGAUUACAUGCAAGACAAUACUAUUAUUGCUAAUGACAGUCUGCAAAUUUACGUUCGACUUUGCCUGACAGAACUAGCAGUCAGCUCACUCUACCAGAUUGAC